AUGGCGUUUUUAAGCGGUGAUAAUAAAGACAUAGCUCAGCCCAUGGAACUUUCUCUAUUUUCUUCUCCUACCAAUCAAGUGGCGGUAGAAAAGGUCUACUUUACGGAGGCAAGACCAAUAUCGAGCAUAGGUGUCUCAGACACACCAAUUGAAAUUGUAGUUUCGGGUUCAGGGGCUGAGUAUAUAGAUUUGAAGAGAAGUAAACUAUACGUGAAAGCAAGAAUUUUAAAAACCGAUGGUACAGCACUUGCCGACACAGAAAAAACAGGCAUUGUUAAUUUACCCCUGCAAAGUAUGUUUUCACAAAUGGACGUCUACCUGAACAACAAACUAGUGUCCUUCAAUACAAACAACUAUCCCUGGAAGGCCUACCUCAAGACAAUUUUGUUUUGUGGAAAAGACGAAUUGGAUUCUCAAAAGCAAUCAGAACUGUUCUAUAAAGACGAAGGAACGAUGAACGACGCCAAUGCUUAUAACGGCGCUAAUGCCGGUCUGGUAUUACGAUACGGUUGCACUCAAAAGAGUAAGAUUUUUGAGCUGGAAGGAAAUCUUAAGGAAGAUAUUUUUGAUAUAGACAAAUACCUGAUAAAUGGAGUAGACAUUUACAUUAAGCUAUUUAGAUCCAGUACCCCGUUUGUGAUCAUGUCUGCUGAAGAUUCUCCAGCUUACAAACUAGAGCUGCUUGACGUUGUGUACAAAGUUGCAAAAGUGCGAGUAGAUCCUGGCGUACUACUGAACCAUAGUAAGCAGAUUGAAUCUACCCCUGUAAAGUAUACCAUAUCAAGAAACGAACUGAAAAUGAAUACCAUACCCAAAGGAUCGACAGAGUUUUACUGGGACAAUAUUUUCCCCCAGGCUGUACCCGACCGUAUUGUGGUAGCUUUGGUGGACCAAAAAGCUGGCAAUGGUAAUUAUUCGGCCAAUCCAUUCAACUUCGAACACAUGGGAGUAACAGAUGUAGGGAUAUACGUCAAUGGAGAGAGCGUACCUGGUAGACCACUAAAAACAGACUUCUCGGCGGGACAGUAUGUGGCAGCUUACACUCGUUUGUUUGAAGCCUCGGAAAAGUGGAACACUGAUGCUGGACUAGAUAUCUCUCGAGAUAAUUUCGGAAACGGAUAUUCCUUGUUUGUCUUUACCAUCGAUCCUUGUGGGUUUGGCGAAGACUAUUUAAACCUCAUUCGUCGUGGAAACACCAGAUUAGAACUAAAAUUCAAAGAAGCUACAACUAAAGCUGCCAACGCUCUUGUAUUUGCAACGUUUUCAUCCCUGCUAGAGGUCGAUAAAUCACGCGAUAUCAACUAUAUUCAACCAUGA